UGUGUGUGUGCACUCUGACUUGUGUUGAGUUCUCCUGCAAGGGUCUAAAAAUACCCCGUGCCCUUGUGAUGGUGAUGGGUGUGGCAACAGGAUGCUCAGUCUAUAACCUCAAGUCAGAGGUCUCCGGAUGCAGUCUGAUUUCUCCUGAGAUUCCUCACUGGGAAAAAGAGCAGCAGCAGAGCAGGAUCCAAAAUGAAUACUUUGCCAUCAUUCAUGUCUUCGAUAAAUUAUCAUAUGAUAAUCGGAGAGGAAAGAGAGGAGGAGGAGGAAGAGGAGGAGGAGGAGGAAGAGGAAGAAGAGGAGGAAGAAGUGCAGCAGGAAGAUGGGGGUGCCCAAGAUAAAGAGGAGCAAAAAGAGGAAUCAGACAUCAAGGAGCAAUAUAAAGUAGCCUGGGCUCCGUGCUUCUGCAACGGAAUAGAUAAAGAAGUGUACUAUUUUGCUGGGCAGAAGAUCAUCAUCCAAGGGGCUUUGGACUCCUACGCAGGCAAUGUUUGGCCGGGGGCUCUGACUCUCUGUCACUACUUGGACACCCAUCGCCAACAGUUGAAUUUAGUGGACAAGACAGUCCUGGAGAUCGGAGCAGGAACUGGCCUCCUGUCCAUUGUAGCUGCUCUCCUUGGAGCCGCAGCCACAGCUACAGACCUACCUGAUGUGUUAGGUUACCUACUGGCCAACGUGAUGAGGAACACCAGGGGCCGCUGCAGCCACACGCCGAAGGUAUCAGCUCUGUCCUGGGGCCACGACCUGCAGCGCUCCUACCCUCCGUCUGUCCAUCACUACGACUACGUGCUGGCAGCUGAUGUGGUCUACCAUCACGACUUCCUGGACGAGCUCCUGGUUACCAUGAAGCAUUUCUGCAGACCAGGAACUACUUUGAUCUGGGCCAACAAGGUGAGGUUUGAGACUGAUGUGACUUUCACUGAGAACUUUAAAAAAGCUUUCAACACGAGUAUGCUGGGUGAAGACGGAGAGAUGAAGAUCUUCAUGGCAACGUGCAGAGAUUGAGAGAUUUCACAAUGACCCCUACAGGCCUCUGUUUGAAUGUUUCAUUAUUAGCAUUAUUCUUUGGGAAGUGAAGGGCGAGAAUCACAGCAUAGUUGAGCUCAUAUAGUAAGUAAAAAAACUUAAAUUGUUUGGACAGCGUAGCUUUAAAUGUUCAACCUGCAUCACUUGUUUCCUUUUAGUGUUUCCUGUAAUCUUUUGAAUAAUGAUUACUAUUUUAUAUUAAAUAGGAGUGUCGGUUUUGAUCAGUAGUAGCAGAAGGCGAGGUCAGGGUUUACACAUUUAAUCUCUUCAUUUAAUAUUAAACUGAAUUAGUUCUGUUGAGUUAUAAUUGACCUGGAUACAUUUUAAUGAUCAAAUUAGGUUUUUACAUGUUUACACUUUGGCCAAUUAGCUCAUAAUCUGUGUGUUUAGUUGCAACACCUGGACACUUGCACUUUUUACUACACGUCAUCCUGGUUUAAUAUACCAUAUAACCUUAAAACACCAUGUAUAACCUGAUAAGUUCAACACUGAUAAACAUAAGGUCUGAGUAAAGUUUAUUCAAAUCAAUUCCAUUAAGUGUCUGUGAGGAGAAAAAAAAAAACUUAUUUCCAAGAAAAAAUGCUUGAUUUCUUUAAUUUUCCAGUUUGUGAGUUGUUCCUAUAUAUAGUGACUUCUCUAUUUUUGAUGUGACGGUAUCCUUAAUAUUUUACAUUUUAGAUUGCUUUGAAACAAACACAUUUGAAUGUGUCGGGUUGGGUUGUGGGAUAUUUGAAAGUCAAAACAAUUCAUCAGUUAAAUCUAAAAAAAGAGUUUGCUUCAUGGUUGUAUCAGUUAUGAAAUGUCCUGUAAUUGUUUGCAUGUGAAUUGUUAAUAUUAUUUUAAACAUAUAUAAAUACACAGGGAAAAAUUGAAUUGUUCCUUUCUAGAAAAGGUCCAUCUGGCUGUUUCUUAUUUAGAAUGCAAUGAAAAGUAAUAUCGCUCACCUAAAAACACAACAGAAACACUGCUGAAAAUCGUUUAUGCUCAAUUUACAUGCAAGUGAUGACUAGAGCACAAAUCCUUUUUAUUCAGUGUUGUGUUCCUUGUAUGUGACUUAUUUCCAUGUGACAAUAAAAUAGUGUAACAGUAGCUCGUGUGUUUCCCAUGUAGUCAAGGAAAAAGGGGUAUAAAAUUAUACUAAGAUCAUACAACCUUAUUUCAUAACAUUCUGUAAAAUAUUGGCAUUUAUUACAUUUUAUGACUACAAUUAUAAACACUCAACAUCCAGAAGAAGUAUUUCCUGACACCAGCAGAGUGAAAGCAACAGAUAAAGAGUAAUGGACGGUUCAGUCCUGCGGUGAAAGUUAAGGCCAUUUUUUUAGAGAGACUGUUAUUGGCAACGUACUUUAGACAGGAGAGUCCUGAAGGUAACAUCUGCAUUAGCCAAACAUGUGAAAAAGGAGAAAAAAGGACGAAGAGAAAACAAAAGGUGCAAAAAAGUAAAAACAAUGUGCACAAUUUCUGUUAACCCCAACUGACUUCAGUAAACCCUGCGGACUCAGAGGUGCUGACGUUGAUGCAGAAAGUGUCUGCGAGCCCCGGCUAAAAACAGAAACAGAAGGUGUCCUUAACCUGGGGCAACAUGGGCUGUGCCACCUGCUGUGUGUUUAUAGUUAGUACAGUUAACAUCAUCUCAGAAGAGAUUGUUUACUCCAAUGAGAAUGAAAGGCCUUGGCUUUCAAAUGUCUGUUUACAGUAUGCAUCUUUCACGUGAGGUCAUCAAAUGUUAUUUAGAGUUGUUACCUG